AUGACAGAGGCCAAGGAACUACAACUUCCAAGACGCCUUGCGGCUCUUUCACCUUCUUCAGCCCCUCUCGCGACUGUCCCACUUCGGUCCCUUCUCUAUGCCGCACAGCCUGUUUAGAAGGGCUGGUCCGGUGGCUGUGCCUGGCGCUGUCCUGAGAGGGAGGGCUCGGUGUGGAAGAGAUGAGCCGGACAAAGGGUGAUGAGGAGGAGUAUUGGAACAGCUCCAAGUUCAAGGCUUUCACUUUUGACGAUGAAGAUGAUGAGCUCUCACAGUUAAAGGAAUCCAAGCGGGCAGUGAAUAGCCUUCGAGACUUCGUGGAUGACGACUAUGACGAUGACCUGGAGCGAGUCAGCUGGACUGGAGAACCCGUGGGAAGCAUCUCAUGGUCCAUCAAAGAAACUGCUGGGAAUAGCGGGUCAGCCCCUGAGGGGCGUGACCAGCUAAAGGGCCGAAACAGUUUCUACACACAGCUCCCCAAACCUCCAUCCACCUACUCUCUGAGCAGCUUCUUUAAAGGCAGAACUAGACCUGGGAGUUUCCAGUCCCUGUCUGAUGCUCUGUCAGACACGCCUGCCAAAAGUUAUGCUCCAGAACUGGGGAGACCUAAGGGGGAAUACAGAGACUAUAGCAAUGACUGGAGCCCCAGUGAUACAGUGCGACGCCUCCGCCGGGGCAAGGUCUGCUCACUAGAACGGUUCCGCUCCUUACAGGACAAGCUGCAGCUCCUAGAGGAGGCAGUAAGCAUGCACGAUGGAAACGUCAUCACUGCGGUUCUGAUCUUCCUGAAGAGGACCCUGAGCAAAGAGAUCCUCUUCCGAGAACUGGAGGUACGCCAGGUGGCCCUGAGACAUCUCAUUCAUUUCCUUAAAGAGAUAGGGGACCAAAAGCUGCUUUUAGAUCUCUUCAGGUUCCUAGACAGAACAGAAGAGCUGGCGCUGACCCAUUAUCGAGAGCAUUUAAACAUCCAGGACCCUGAAAAACGAAAAGAAUUUCUUAAGACAUGCAUUGGUUUGCCGUUUUCAGCAGAAGAUUCUUCACACAUACAAGACCAUUACACGCUCCUGGAACGCCAGAUCAUCAUUGAGGCAAACGAUCGCCAUCUAGAGUCUGCGGGGCAGACUGAGAUCUUCCGAAAGCACCCCCGCAAAGCCUCCAUUCUCAACAUGCCGCUGGUGACGACGCUUUUCUAUGCCUGCUUCUAUCACUACACGGAGUCCGAGGGGACCUUCAGCAGUCCCAUCAACCUGAAGAAGACAUUCAAGAUCCCAGAUAAGCAGUAUGUACUGACAGCCUUGGCGGCUCGUGCCAAGCUUCGAGCCUGGAAUGAUGUUGAUGCCCUCUUCACCACAAAGAACUGGUUGGGUUACACCAAGAAGAGAGCGCCCAUUGGCUUCCAUCGAGUCGUGGAAAUUUUGCACAAGAACAGUGCCCCUGUCCAGAUACUGCAGGACUAUGUCAAUCUGGUGGAAGAUGUGGAUACAAAGUUGAACUUAGCCACUAAGCUCAAGUGCCAUGAUGUUGUCAUUGAUACUUGCCGAGACCUGAAGGACCGUCAGCAGUUGCUUGCAUACAGGAGCAAAGUUGAUAAAGGAUCUGUUGAGGAAGAGAAAAUCGAUGCCAUUCUCAACAGCUCGCAAAUCCGAUGGAAGAACUAAGUGUCACGUGCUACCCUGAAACCUGCCUCACUUCUCAUUUCUGCCUAUGGAAACAGAGCUUUCUUCUUGGGAGGGCCACAGCAUUCAACCACUUGAGCCUGUUAUUCACAGGCAGUGCCUGCUGCUUUGGGGACAGAAACCAGAUCUAUGCACGGGACAGAUCUAAGGGCCAGUAUCUGAGGCUCACAGGAAGGAUGCUCUGCCUCCGGUGCUUACCCAGGUGGGAGCCCAUCCUGGGUAAGAUGUCACAGAGAAAUGACUGCCCCAGGAGGACAUCUGGACUAAGAGCUACAGGUAUCACAGGGUGGUCGUGACAUUCCUCUCAGCCAUUAUGACCGAGGACCUGGUGUUGGACAUUGGCAUUUCUGCUCUGCAGGAAGUCAGGACAGAACUAAAUUGGCUCUUCGAGGGCCAUAGGAAGGAAUACCAGUAUUGCUCAGGACCUGUUGGAAACCAGACUCAAUUUUCUCAAGCACAGGGCCACACAUCUUACGACAGACUCUUCCUAGACAUUGGGUAUCCUCAGCCAGUACCCAUCUGCCGUCCCUGCCCACUUUUCGUUCCUCACUUAGGGUCCCAUCUCAUGUGCACGCUGGGCCGCGUGCCGUCUGCUUCACCUGCCCCUCGCCUUCGGCCUCAGACAGUCUGACGUGGAAUGCAGAGUCACCAGUGCUGAGCACUCUUCUUAUAGGCAAAAAUCUUUGACCAGAAGCAGCCACACGUCUCCCUUGGGCUACCGUGGCAGCACCUCACUCGGGUAUCUCGAUAGGGGUUUUUACUUGGCCUGCUGGGGCCUUCAGCCAUGUUAGAUUCUGCCCUGUGCCCCCUGAACUGGAUUUCCCUACACUCCUAAUAAAACUGCUGCAGUCUUGGU